CACCCACGCCCGCUCUCACCUCAAUGCGCGCUGUUGGACACGCUCGUUAACAGCACCACCCAGAUUUCCGCAUUGGCCGGCCUCUCGACGGAACAUCGCUAGUACCUUCACCCUAAUUAACGCCACCACCCCCGACCACCGCCCACACUCGCCAUCAUGGGUUGCGGCAUGAGCACAGAGGAGAAGGAGGGGAAGCAGAGGAACGAGGAGAUUGAGAACCAGCUCAAGCGCGACAAGAUGAUGCAGCGCAACGAGAUCAAGAUGCUGCUGCUCGGUGCUGGUGAAUCCGGCAAGUCGACGAUUCUCAAGCAGAUGAAGCUCAUCCACGAGGGCGGCUACUCCCGCGAUGAGCGCGAGUCGUUCAAGGAGAUCAUCUUCAGCAACACGGUCCAGUCGAUGCGCGUCAUCCUCGAGGCCAUGGAGUCGCUGGAGCUGCCGCUCGACGACCAGCGCGCCGAGUACCACGUCCAGACCAUCUUCAUGCAGCCCGCACAGAUCGAGGGCGACAGUCUGCCCCCUGAGGUCGGCAACGCCAUCUCGGUUCUGUGGAAGGACGCCGGCGUGCAGCAGUGCUUCCAGCGCUCGCGCGAGUACCAGCUCAACGACUCGGCCAAAUACUACUUCGACUCAAUUGACCGCAUCGCUGCCCCCGACUACAUCCCCAACGACCAGGAUGUCCUCCGAUCGCGUGUCAAGACAACUGGUAUCACCGAGACCACCUUCAUCAUCGGCGACCUGACCUACCGCAUGUUCGACGUCGGCGGUCAACGAUCCGAGCGAAAGAAGUGGAUCCACUGCUUCGAGAACGUCACCACGAUUCUCUUCCUGGUCGCCAUCUCCGAGUACGACCAGCUGCUGUUCGAAGACGAGACCGUCAACCGUAUGCAAGAAGCCCUCACAUUGUUCGACUCCAUCUGCAACUCGAGGUGGUUCGUCAAGACAUCGAUCAUCCUGUUCUUGAACAAGAUCGACAGGUUCAAGGAGAAGCUGCCCGUUAGCCCCAUGAAGAACUACUUCCCCGACUACGAGGGCGGCCCAGACUACGCCGCCGCCUGUGACUACAUCCUCAACCGAUUCGUCUCGCUCAACCAGCACGAGACAAAGCAAAUCUACACCCACUUCACCUGCGCGACAGACACAAUGCAGAUCCGUUUCGUCAUGGCUGCAGUAAACGGUAUGUCUUGCCAAUCAGUCAUUGUCAAUCCAAUCAACUAACAUGUCACAGAUAUCAUUAUCCAAGAGAACCUCCGGUUGUGCGGUCUGAUAUAAUGCAACGAAUUGCUGCGGGAGCAAACAAAAC